UCUCUAGUCUAUAUUUUUACAUAAAUUAUUUGUUACUUAUAUUAACGUUUAUAGGAAAAAAUGAGCACAGUAAAAGUUGCGUCUGAUAUUCAUACUUCAGACAAGGAAAAGAAAAGCGAUGCUGAACCGUUGGGUACUGUUUUGGAGGUAAAUGAGAAUACAAACAGUGAAAUAUUCAACCGUCCCCUGGAAGAAAAUGUAGUUGAGGAAAUUCCCCCAAAGAUUUUCGGCCUGAAAGAUAUUUUGGAGCCCAUGACGAUAGAGUCGCUGAACAAUGCAAUUUAUGAACUUGGCGUAAUUAAUUUGUGUUGGCCAGAAAUAUCUGAACCUGUAUUUGAGACAAGAACUUGUUUCCCAAAGAGUUACUACACUAAUAGCACGAAAGAGAGGCUAAUUCUAGCGUAUGCGGAAAACUUCAGGCGGCAGUUUUUAUUUCAUUACAAGUUUCGAAGGCCGUUGUUGCUUCAAGCACCUAAUGAAUGCGGUUUACAGAAAAUGGUGUGUACUUCCAUACGGCCAACGAAGUUAUGUUAUACCGGCACAAAUACUUGGCAGGGUUUGGCUUCGCUUGUAUCGGACUACUUCGAUUUCGAACCUUUGACAAAGCCUAUGCUGCACCCAGCCGACCAUCGGUUACCCACACGACAUACCAACGCUCCAAGGACGCCGUGA